AGGGCGCCCCGUGCCGGCGGCCGCCUCCGCGGGGGCUGCCCCAGCGCCGCCGCCGCCCGCAGCCCACCAUGACGGGGCCGAGGCUGGCGCUCGCCGCCGCUCUUCUCUGCAGCUGCACCUCGCCGGUGGCCGACGCCAACUCCUGGUGGUCGUUGGCCAUGAACCCCAUCCAGAGGCCGGAGAUGUACAUCAUCGGCGCGCAGCCCGUGUGCAGCCAGCUGCCGGGGCUGUCCCCGGGGCAGCGCAAGCUGUGCCAGCUCUACCAGGAGCACAUGGUGUUCAUCGGCGAGGGGGCCCGCAGUGCCAUCAAGGAGUGCCAAUACCAGUUCCGGCAGCGCAGGUGGAACUGCAGCACGGUGGACAACACCUCCGUCUUCGGCCGAGUCAUGAAAAUAGGUAGCCGAGAGACCGCUUUCACCUAUGCCGUCAGCGCCGCCGGGGUGGUGAACGCCAUCAGCCGUGCCUGCCGCGAAGGAGAGCUGUCCAGCUGUGGCUGCAGCCGCACGGCCCGGCCCAAGGACUUGCCCCGAGACUGGCUGUGGGGCGGCUGCGGGGAUAACGUGGAGUACGGGUACCGUUUUGCCAAGGAGUUUGUGGAUGCCAAGGAGAGGGAGAAGAACUACGUGAGAGGCUCCGAGGAGCAGGCUCGCAUGCUGAUGAACCUGCAGAACAACGAGGCUGGGCGCAGGGCCGUAUACAAGCUGGCGGAUGUGGCCUGCAAGUGCCACGGCGUGUCGGGCUCCUGCAGCCUCAAGACGUGCUGGCUGCAGCUGGCAGACUUCCGCAAGGUGGGCGACCUGCUGAAGGAGAAGUACGACAGCGCGGCCGCCAUGCGGAUCAGUCGCAAGGGCAAGCUGGAGCUUGUGAACAACCGCUUCAACAUGCCCACACAGGAGGACCUGGUCUACGUCGACCCCAGCCCGGACUAUUGCCUGCGUAAUGAGACCACCGGCUCGCUGGGCACGCAGGGCCGCCUGUGCAACAAGACCUCAGAGGGCAUGGAUGGGUGCGAGCUGAUGUGCUGCGGACGGGGCUACGACCAAUUCAAGAGCGUUCAGGUGGAGCGUUGCCACUGCAAGUUCCAUUGGUGCUGUUACGUCAAGUGUAAAAAGUGCACAGAGAUCGUUGACCAGUACGUCUGUAAAUGAAAAGAGCCGCCAAAGCAACAAAUCUAUAUUAUAUAAAUCUAUAUAAAUAUAUUUUAUAUUUGUAUAAAUAAACAGAUGAUGAUAAUAAUUAAAGAAGCUUAUUUAAGAGACAUUUUGGUUUUGAGAUUUCCCCCGUCAAGCCGGCUGCUUUGCCAUCCCACCCUUUCUGACGGGGAGUUUAUGUGUGUGCAUCUCCCCUCGGAGGAUCCAGGCAGAGCGAAGAGGCCACAGAGGUGCUGACAGAGUGAACCCCCUGCACGCACGCACACACACACACACACACACACACACACACACACACACACACCAUUUCACAACAGAAACCAAAUUGGCAGCAAGGAGAAGGGUGGGUGCUCCCUGCUAUCUCAGCAUUGCAUCUCUGCAUUUUGCAUUGUUUCUGGACAUCUGAAAUUACAGCCAGGUGUGGCAGAGUCCUGGUUGUUCAACUGUCAAGCCCUGCCACUAAACCCCAAUGGGGAUUUUGGAACCAAUUCUUGAUCCCUCUAAAGGGUUUUGUCAUGUGAAAGGGAAAGUUGUCCAAGGCUCAUGCACAAGAACACAGCUUAAACUCCACAGUCGUGUAAAGCAUUCCUGGAUGCUGCAAAGCCCACAGCAUGGCAGUGGAAGGUCUGCAUGCUGCUGUGAGGAGGGAAAGUGAGACCUGUGGCUGGGAGUCCAAGUGAAGCCAGCACUUUGCUCCUCCACGCUGCUAGGACACAGGGGAAAGGUGUCCAGCUCAGUCUACAUGGCAGCAUACAAGAGAGAGAACUCCUUUUAAUCCCAUGCUGAAACUUGUCAUUGUAGAAGAGAAGUUGCCAAUGCCAGAGACAUUUGCAAAGGAGAUAUACUUCAUAUUCUGACAAGAAGUUUUGUGCACACAACUGCAUAAGCGCUCCUGAUGUUGCUGCCAUCUUCCCUCUUUGGAGUGGGUGCAGCUGGUCACCUCGUUUGGCUCUGUUGAAUCCUCCUCACCACCGUCCCAGAUGUAUAGUUUCUCUUUAAUAUUAAACACCCCUCAAUGAAAUCUCUAUCCCUCUGUUGCUUUUGUAUAUGUGUGGUUUUGUUUUAUUCUUUUUUGGGGCUCUUUAUUUUGCUGCUUUAUAUUUCAGAGUCCAGGGGCCUUGCUCUUCCCCAGCAUAAACUACAGGUAAGUUUGCUCCCAGAACGUGGGCAUAAGUUCUCCACUUCAGUGCAUUUGUGCACUUUUUGUUGGUAUAUAACAGUAUAAUAAAAUUGUACCAGGACAGAAGCCAUCACCGAUACCUACUACACAGUCUUAACGCUUUGGAGUCCAAUUCCAGGGGACAAAUGCUCCUUCUAGCACAAGACGUUUCCUGUGCCUCCUGGCAUCUGCAGUCAGAGAACAAUUAGGAAAGGCCAGUCCCAAAAAUACAAGGCUUUGCUAACAUACAUCCUCUUUCUUACUGGCAAUCCAAGGGGGUUUCUAACUGUAAAUUUUAAAAAUGCACAAAAUAUGCCAAUAAGCAAAGAGGCAGUUGUGAAGAUUUUUUUUUUUUAUUAUACCUCUGUUUCUUAUAAAAUACUGCACUAUUACAGAUUCCACCAUUUCAACCACCAGAGAAGAAUUUAUAUAUACCUUUCAUACUUCAAAUAUUUGAGGACUCCAGAAAAGCAGAAGGAAGAAAAAUUAUGUUUAAUAAUU